CCACUGCCGCACGGGCAGCCGCAGCAGCAGCAGCAGCAACAACAGCAGCAGCAACAGCAAAAACAGCAGCAGGAUGAAGAUGAGGAGGAGGAGCAGCAGCAGAACAGCUGGAUUGACUUUGUGUUGAGCGCUUCUUCUUUACCUUCUGCUGCAUCCACAGCGUCACAGCAGCAGCAGCAGCAGCAACAGCAACAGCAGCAACAGCAGCAGCAACAGCAACAGCAACAGCAACAGCAACAGCAACAGCAACAAAUACCUCUUCUGCAUGCAUUUCAAAGUCUCUCCAAGCGUCGCCCUCAAUCAAAUGUUAUCGGACUAACAGCAGCAGCACGAGAUUUGUUUGCUGCUUUUAUUUCGGCUGUGCAGCUUCAUACCACCGCCACCAGCAGCAGACUUACUCAAACACUUGCUGCUGCUGCUGCUGCUAUCUCUGCUCUCCUGCACAGCAGCAGCAGCAGCAGCAGCAGCAGCAGCAGCACUUUCGCCUGCUGCAUUCCUGACGAAGAUCUAUGCCGGCCAGGGGCUUCUGCUGCUGCAGCAGGUGCUGCUGCAGCAGCUGCUUCUUCAGCAGCUGCUUCUUCAGCAGCUGCUUCUGCAGCAGGUGCUUCUGCAGCAGUUGCUUCUGCCGCAGAUCGUCGCACAUUCUUCUUCCGCCCGCGGCUGGCGCUCUUCGCGUUGCUGGCAGCAGCAAAAGAAGCAGCAGCAGCAGCAGCAGCAGCAGGAGCAGAAGAAGCAGACGAAGAAGAAGAAGAAGAAGUAGAAGAAGAAGAAGAAGAAGAAGAGGAUGAAGAAGAAGAAGACGUUGAAGAGACAGAUGAAAAUGAAGAAAAAGACGAAGACGGAGGCGGCCGCGCCUCUAAGCCAAACAAAAGACUGCACAAAUCGCAACGCACAAAUAAUAAUAAAACAUAUCUUAUAACUUUAAAUGCUGUUGCUGCUGCUUAUGCUGCUGCUGCUGCUGCUGCGGCUGCUGCUGCUGCUGCUGCUGCUGCUGCGGCUGCUGCUGCGCCUGCUGCUGCUGCUGCUGCUAGAGCGACAGCACCUGCUGCUGCUGCUACAGCAAGUCCUGCUCUUGCUGCUGUUGCUGCUGCAGCUUCUCGGCUGCAUCUGGUGCUUGUGCUGCUUCUUCUGCUGCAGCUGCUGCUGGUGCUUCUGCUGCUUCUGCUGCUUCGCUGCUUCUGUGUUUCUGCUGCUGCCGCUGCACUAACAGCUGGUCGAACACUGCGAGUUGGCGACGGUGGCCUCCCCACAACAGCAUCACCAGCAGCAGCAGCAGCAGCAGCAGCAGGAACAGAAGCAGCAGCAGGAGCAGGAGGAGCAGGAGGCAUAAGAGCAGCAGCACCACCACUAGCAGCAGCAGCAGCAGGAACAGCAGCAGCAGAAACACGAGGGGGGCGAGAAGUAUACGAAGAGGCGGCGUGUGUUUGCGCUGCGGUUUCUUUUUGUCUAAGUGGAGAUCGUUCAGUGAGAGGUGUAGUGAAAGGAAAUCUCGGAGGAGAAGAAGAAGAAAAAGAAGAAGAGGAGGGUGAAAGCGAAGGAGAAGAGGAGGAGCGAGAUGCAGAGGAUGAAGAAGAAGAAGGAGAUGAGAAAGAAGAAGAAGGAGAAGAGGAAGAAGAAGAGGAAGAAGAAGAAGAGGAAGAAGAAGAAGAGGAAGAAGAAGAAGAGAAGAGGCAGAGUUUCUUCUCAACUUCAUCAGCAGCUGUAUCUGCUGGCCCAGGCGCUCCAGUGUUCUCCAUUUGCGCCUCUUUGGGGGGUUCUAGAGGAGUACUUUGA